CUUGCCGAGAGGCGGAGGUGGUUAGCUGAGGCCGGGAGAGACGGAGGAGCUGCAGACAGAGUUUUUUAGGCUGAGCCACCGGACGGACACAGGUUCCGAUAUUUGGGUACUCCAGCAGCUGUUCUCCAGCCCCUGCUUCUGAACCUAUGGAUUCUCCAUCUAGUGUUUCUUCUUAUUCCUCCUAUUCUCUCUCUCCCUCUUUUUCCACCUCCCCAGUGAACAGUGACUGUGGCUUACCCCCUGAUAGUGAAAGAGAGGAAAAGGGAGGCCAUGGGCCCAGGCCCGAUACUGUUGAGCAGAGAAGAGGUCCCCGGGUCAGCCCAGGUCCCAUCCGCUGCAGGCAUCCACCCAAAGUUUCCAGAAACCAACAUACAGCAUCUCACCUGGAUCGAGGCUUGGCUUCUCCAGUGGCUGGGAUGAAAAGAUCAAGAGAUUGUGAUUUGGAAACCAAUCUAAACAUCCAGAGUUGUACCACAGAAGGAGACCUGCUCUUUGCUCAGAAGUGUAAAGAGCUCCAAGGAUUUAUUCGGCCCCUCACAGACCUACUGAAUGGGCUGAAGAUGGGUCGCUUUGAGAGAGGAUUGAGCAGUUUCCAGCAGAGUGUGGCAAUGGACAGGAUCCAGCGUAUAGUAGGUGUUUUGCAGAAGCCGGAGAUGGGGGAACGUUAUCUGGGAACUCUACUGCAAGUAGAAGGGAUGUUAAAGACUUGGUUUCCUCAUAUAGCUGCCCGGAAGUCGUCUUCGGGUGGUAGUAGGCGUCCGGUGACCAAGCAUUUCCAAAACCAUCACAGUGAUUCAGCUGCUUCUUGUCCUGCACCUCCUAUGGGAAAAAUGGGCCAGAAAAAGCUAGGACAUUUAGCUUUGAAACCAAAGCAGCCUUGGCAUGUCCCAGAGUGGCCAGCCAUGAACCUCACCUGGAUCCACACCGCUCCAAUUUGCAACCCUCCUCUUGGCUCCCCGGGCACCAUCUCCUUCAGCCAGGAUCCUCUAGGCACUGGCACCAGCAUUGGCCUCAUCCUUUUCCUCCAGCAUGGUGAACAGGCCUUUACCCACUCUGCCCCAACCACUCCAGUCCCACCUGCUACAGCAUCUUCUUUCAUCCUUGGUGAUCCUAUGAAACUGUCUGAAGAAGGGCCUCGCUGCCACAGUUUGCCUAUAGCUCUGCCAUCAGACUGGAGCUGCAAGCUGUCCCCUCCUGAUCCACCCACCAUGGCCAGAGAGAUGAGCAUGGGACACCUGGAGCAGCAGAUGAGAUGCUCUCCUCCAGUCGCUCCAGCUGCCCAUCUCCUCAGCCCCUGACCCAGGCCAUGUGACUGCCACUGUGAUUUUCCAUUUGUGUAAAUAGAUGUAUGCAUUUUUUUACUUUUAAUGUGUGUAUUAAUGUUGGGAAGAUAAAUCCUUU